GGUGAAAGGGGGGAUGUUCUUUCUGCACAAGGAAGGUCUCUCUCUCUCUGUGUUCACAGGCUGCGGUGCAGUUAAAGGAUGGAAGAAAUAGAAACGGAGGAGGAGAAGCUUUUCAAAAAGCACCGUAAGGAGAGGAAAGAAUUACAGGCGAAAAUACAGGCAAUGAAAAACGCUGUUGCUAAGAAUGACAAGAAAAGAAGAAAACAGCUGGUAGAGGAAGUUGCAAAAUUUGAGGCUGAAUUGGAAUUGAGGCACGAGGAGGAACUUAUACAGCUCACUCGGUCACUUGAUAAGUCUAGUACGGUUGAAUCAUGUACUAAUGGAUUUGCAAAUUUAGAGUUGGAGAUUGAAAAUGGUAAAGCAAUUAAGCCAUCUCGCAUUUCUAAGGCACAGAAGAGAAGGGAGAAGAAAGCCGCUCAGGACAGAGAACGAGAAGAGAGAAUAGCUGAAGCUGAAAUUGAAAAUUUGAAAGGAGCCAGGCACCUGGAAAAUCAAAAACUUGCUGAAAUCCUUGCUAAAAGGCAGUUACAGAUCAAACAGAUCCCAUCUGAUGGUCACUGCAUGUAUAAAGCUAUUGAAGAUCAACUUAAACAACAGGGCAGUCUAUUGACCCUUGCAGAUCUAAGGACACAGGCAGCUGAAUACAUGAGAAGUCAUGCAGAUGAUUUCUUGCCUUUUCUAACCAACUGUAAUACAGGAGACGUGUAUACACCUGAGGAAUUUGAAAAGUACUGUGAUGAGGUAGCCAACACAGCAGCCUGGGGUGGACAACUUGAGUUGAGGGCUUUGUCUCACAUUCUGAAAAUGCCAAUGGAGGUGAUACAGGCAGACUCUACUCCAAUCACUGUAGGUGAAGAGUAUGGAAAGAAAUCAAUAAUUCUAGUGUACAUGAGGCAUGCAUAUGGUUUAGGAGAACAUUAUAACUCUGUAGAACAAUUAACUGACCUACCUACAGAAGACAUAUGCUAAAUAUUGAUCAGUAUUUACAUUCUAUUUCUUACAUCAAAGUAUUAGAAUUUCUCUGUUGUAAUUUUCACGUUGAGCUAAAAAUUGUGCUGUGUGCACAGGUUCAUGUGGAGAAUUUGAUAAUGAUGCGUAUUUCACUUUUUUUUUGAUUAACCAUUCAGUGGUGUGAAGACCAGCAAUAAAAGCUGAAUUAAGACUGCAUAUGUUCAUUGAGGUUAAAUAAUGUCAAUGAUCCUGCUGUUCAGUAUAUGCUGUGCAUAGUGAGACAAAUAAAAAUUUCAGAUAUGAAUAACAA